GAGAGGCGUCGCUGUUGCGCAACGCGAAGGGCGGAGGCGGGCUCUCAGCAAAGCGCGGAAUUAGGGUUGCUGAUUUGCGAGACGUGCUGGAAGAGCCUGACUGCGGAUGGCCAAUGGGGCCCUAUUGAUCCUUUGCCAAACCCGGCAUGUGCGAGAUAGCGUCCAACUUGACUGUGAAGGAAUACCGGUUUGGAAGGGAUCAGGAAAAGGGAGACGGAAAUGACCGGCCCCGGGAGUUGGUGGUGAUGAUUCCUGAGGUUCUUGAUCCUCAGUAUGGUAUGUAUGUUUGGCCUUGUGCAGUGGUUUUGGCGCAGUAUAUCUGGUUUCAUAGAAGACUUGUCUGUGGCAAAAGAAUACUAGAGAUUGGAGCAGGUGUGAGCCUACCUGGAAUAGUGGCAGCAAAAUGUGGAGCACAAGUAAUAUUAUCAGAUAAUGCAGAGUUCUCUCAGUGUUUGGACAACUGCCAAAGAAGCUACCAGAUGAAUAACCUCUCUGGGAUGUGUGUCAUAGGACUUACCUGGGGUCAUGUAUCACCCAGUCUAUUGACCUUAGCCCCAGUUGACCUUAUUUUGGGAUCCGAUGUGUUUUUUGAACCAGAAGACUUUGAAGAUGUUAUAAGUACAGUGCACUAUUUAAUGGAAAGGAACCCUCAUGCCCAAUUUUGGACUACUUACCAAGUCAGAAGUGCGAACUGGUCUAUUGAAGGAUUACUAUAUAAAUGGGAGAUGGAAAGCACAUAUGUGCCAUUGCAGUCAUUUGAAGCCAACAAGGAACAACUUGCAGGAUCUUCUCUUCCAGGGAUGCACACUAUUCAAAUGAUGGUUAUCAGUAAAAAAAAAUAAAUAAAUAAUAAAGGACUGAAACCUUAGAAACAU